AGCAGAGCUAAAAUGCUUUUGUUUACACAAAUUUUUUAUUUUAUUGCCUUUCUCUCUUUAUUUCUCAAUAAACCAAUUUAUGGAUUGCUUACAAAUUGCUUGAAUGGGGCUCCUUGUGAUUGCGAUCCUGACGUUAUUGACUAUUGGGAAGAUUUAGAAUUUACAACUCCUUCGGAGCUUCUAACAACCACAAUGCUUAUUGAAACCACAGAAAAAUUAAUCACAACAAUGGGUAAUACAACGACAACAGCCUUACCUCCCACAACGGAAAUGUUAGAGACUACUGUAAAAGAAGAGACGACAACAGAAAGUGCUGUUAGCACCACUACAGAAAAUGUAGAAACAACGAAAGCUCCAACAACUCCAACACAACCAGAAACAACCGAAUUAGCUUCAACAAGUACUUUAACUACAACGGAAUCUUUGCCUACCACAAACAUUACAAUUCCAUCAACAAUUGAAUCCACAACUAUCGUCACAACAUUACCAACAACUGCAGAAUCUACAACUUUAUUAACGACAGAAAAUAUUCAAACGACAACUGUAGAGGUAACAACAACCACACAACCGACGACAGUUGAACCGACAACGGCUAGUACAAGCACGAUAAUGCCCACAACUACGAUGCCUUGCGUUCCUUGUACUGUUGGGCAGUCAUUAGUGUUAUACGACAAAAAUAUUUUGAAUAGUAAUCAAAGCAUUAAUAAUGUACCAGCAUAUAGAUGUGAUAAUUGCAAUCAAAGCACAAUUUCGGAGGUUUGCUAUAAUCCGCGUAAUAUAAGCGUUAUAAGAGUACGAUGUACUGACUCUACGCUUUUCUGUGUUUGUGCUUCUAAUCAAAAAGCUUGUUAUACAGUAACGGAGAAGGCACCACUAUAUGAAGCUGAUUAUUUAAUUUAUGCAAACUCAAGUUAUUCAUUUUUGGCUCUCAAUACUGGAGCAAGUGAGAUCAGCAAUGGAAAGAAAACUUACGAGUUUUCAGUGAGCAUGACUUUCAUACCCAAUGACAAAACUUUUUUGAAUGCUCCGUUUCUUUCGGGUAAUAUUACUUAG